CGCUUGUUCUUGUUUUUGCGUUGUUUCAUUUGCUCAAUGCUCCAAUUUAAUUGCUUUGGGCAGCCGGUGCGAGCCAGCUUGGUCCAUAGCUUGUUCCACUUUCUGCAUUAAAUGUGUCGCACGUGACGUUAGCUUUCGCACAUAAAAGUAGAACUUGGACAUCUCUUUAAACGCUUAACCGCGGCAGUGUCAUCAUGUCUGGCGCUUUAACUUACACGACAGCGACAGCGCGUCGUGUACUUCCUAGGUGCUUCGCGGGCCGGUUUGCAGUUCCCGGGCUGUCACUGCGCUACUGUUCAGUUGUCAACACGCUCCGCGUCAAGCAGGAAAUCGAAGAAAAGCGCAAAGCAGCUUUGCUCGGCGGAGGCGAGAAGCGCAUAGAUAAGCAGCAUGAAAAGGGAAAGUUGUCGGCGAGGGAGCGCUUAUCUAUCUUGCUCGAUCCCGGAACGUUUGUUGAGUAUGACAUGUUCAUGGAGCACACAUGCAGUGAUUUCGGUAUGCACAAGGAAAAGUAUUCCGGUGACAGCGUCGUGACUGGGCACGGCGAAAUUCACGGCCGCCAAGUGUUUGUGUUCAGCCAAGACUUUACAGUCUUUGGCGGAAGUCUUUCGAGUGUACACGCCAAGAAGAUAUGCAAGGUUAUGGACCAAGCUAUGCUUGUAGGAGCUCCUGUGAUUGGUCUCAACGACUCGGGGGGAGCAAGAAUCCAGGAAGGCGUGGAAUCUCUGGCUGGCUAUGCCGACAUCUUCCAGCGUAACGUUCUCUCCUCCGGUGUUGUGCCACAGAUCUCCGUGAUUAUGGGACCCUGUGCUGGUGGUGCUGUUUACUCUCCUGCCAUGACAGACUUCAUCUUCAUGGUCAAGGACACUUCCUACCUUUUCAUAACUGGCCCAGAAGUCGUAAAGGCUGUUACAAAUGAAGAUGUCACUCAGGAGGAGCUUGGUGGAGCCAAAACUCAUACAGUCACGUCCGGUGUGGCUCACAAGGCAUUUGAAAAUGAUGUGGAAGCCAUGAUGGAGAUGCGUCGUUUCUAUGACUUCAUCCCGAUGAACAACAAGUCUGGGCCCCCUGUGCGGAAGUGUUUUGACCCCUGGGAUAGGAUUGUUCCAAGCCUGGACAGCGUGGUGCCCCUCGAGACGACAGCUGCUUACAAUAUGCUUGACGUCAUUCUUGAUGUAGUAGAUGACCGUGACUUCUUUGAAAUUAUGCCAAUGUAUGCGAAGAACCUGAUUGUCGGAUUUGCUCGAAUGAACGGCCAGACUGUUGGCAUUGUGGGCAACAAUCCUAAGUCAGCAGCAGGUUGCCUUGACAUCAACUCAUCCAUAAAGGGUGCGAGAUUUGUCCGCUUUUGUGAUGCAUUCAACAUUCCCAUCAUCACAUUUGUGGAUGUUCCUGGAUUCCUGCCAGGUACUGCUCAGGAAUAUGGAGGCAUCAUCAGGCAUGGGGCCAAACUUCUUUACGCCUAUGCUGAAGCGACUGUACCGAAAAUAACCAUAAUCACCAGGAAGGCAUAUGGAGGUGCCUAUGAUGUGAUGAGCUCCAAGCAUCUCAGGGGAGACACCAAUUAUGCUUGGCCCACGGCUGAAGUUGCUGUCAUGGGAGCCAAAGGUGCCGUUGCAAUCCUGUAUCGAGGCAAAAAGGACGUGGUGCAGUACGAAGAAGAGUACAUCCGCAAGUUUGGCAACCCUUUCCCGGCUGCCAUCCGAGGCUUUGUUGAUGACAUCAUUGAGCCACACAUGACUCGCAAGAAGAUUUGCAAAGACCUAGACCUGUUGCAGACCAAGAAACUGAAGAACCCCAAGAAAAAGCAUGGAAACAUUCCUCUAUGAUUCCAUUUGCAACAUUCUUUGUUGCUAGCCACCAGACAUUUUUCAAGCAUAUUCUAUUGUUUCCAUAGUGUGAGGAGUGUAUCUGGGGCUUUCCAGUGCGUGUGUGUGCAUUUCAGGUUGUACAGUGUUGACAUCGAUGGGUUGUCUUUCUGCUGAGAUACUGUGGAAAGCAUGCAAAAGAAGCACAAUGUGCAACAAUAACAGAAGUCAUGAAAAGCUGCUGUGAUUAAGUCUAUUUUUGAAAUGUCACAUAUUGCAUAUUGCUAAUUCGUCACAUAUUGCAUAUUGCUAAUUCUGGGAUAUGUGGAUGUGUGGCUGUUACUCUUUUUCUUAUGCCGCUGAGUUGUUUCUAUGUUAGCUUUACAAUUGUGUACUCUCUUCCAGGCUUGUUCUGAGUGCAAAAGGGAAAGCAAGAAGCUUGCUUUUUUUAUUUGUUUUACAUCAUCUUGAGAACUUCAUGUUGUCUUUCAAGCUUGUCAUCUGCACCAGGGGGGAGAAAAGCUUGAUUUCACUGAGGGUUGCAUUUACUGCAAAGCAGACUCUCUUUCCUGAGAUACAUUGGCGUAUAUUUUUGUUGUCUCACUGUAGUCAUGUCAUUUGUGCUUUUUUUGAGCAUUUUAUGUGCUGACUGCUGUUCAUGACUCCAUUGUUGUUAUGUGGCACUUUGCAUUUGGAAGAUCCAAGCCCAAGGCUUGAAGAGUAACUGAGUGAGAUUUACACAUGUUAAUUUUCUUUUUCUGAGGGAACAUUUAAAGGGUUGCGCGUCGUGUUCCAUGAAACAUGUCUUAGGAACUGCCGUGUGAAAUCUGUAUACAAAGCGAACAUAACACAAAUGCUUUACCCAACUCUUUGUUUUAUUAAUUAUGUUUUAUUUGUUUGCACCUUUCUUGCACUUCUAACUCUUUUUUGUGUGUUCUUUUUUUUUUUUUUUUGUAGCUAGUGAAUCUCGCUGGUGCUUUGUAUAACCCAGAGAUUGCAUUUUGUGCCUCCACUGUUCCUGCUACUCAUGCAUGUUUUAAGAAGCAAUGGUGGUGCAUGUACUGCACUCCUUUUUCUUUAUUUCACAAUUUUUCUUUUUUCAGAACUUUCAUUUUUUUUCCUUGUAAUUUGCCCAUACCUGCUGCUUGCUAUGCGCAUUUUUACUCUAUGUGCUCCCACUUUUGCCCCGUGCUGUUUUGGUUAUAUUUUGCCAUACAUAACCGUAAACAGAAUUUAGUGAAGGUAAAUGCCUUUUGUACUAUCCAGAGUUUAUGUGUAAUUACUUAUGGUAAACAUAAUUACUUGCCACGAAUCUUGAGAUCACUGGAAUGCCCAGAAUGUUUUUUUUUUAUUAUUAUUGUUGAAAUUUUGCUUUUUCAGUGCAAUGAAUGGCAGAGUCUUUAAGAAAAGUUUACCUGAUAUCUGAUUUGCUGUUGCUUAGUAGAUUUGUGACUCACUGGGGUAAUGAGACUGCAUAUAAGUCAAUUCUUUAAUUAAAUGGAGGCCUUUUUAUAGUAUUCAUGUUGCUUUGCUUUACCUUAGAGUGUCUAUGCUCAUUCCACACUGGUUUCAUAUCCUAAUGAAUGCUCUGAUAUAUUCUUUUAUUUCCCUGUUCCUAGCAAAUACUUUGUCAUUUGUUGCAACAGGUGAAUGUGUCAAAAGAAGUCAUUACAAACUUUCUUGUGCAUUUCUUC